AUGGAUGAUAUCAUCUUGACGUUAAACGGCGCAAAGGUAUGUUCACGUCUAGAUCUGUACAAAGCUUUCCAUCAAAUUGAAUUGGAUGAAGCAUCACGUGUAAUGACAACGUUUCAGACACAUAUUGGACUGUUUAGGUAUAAACGUCUAAAUUUCGGGGUGUCCGCAGCACCGAUAAUUUUCCAAAACGAGCUUCGUCAAGCACUUCAAGGUCUAAAAGGCAUAUUGAAUAUUGCCGACGACAUCGUAUGUUUUGGUAAGACACAGGCGGAACACGAUGCCAAUCUUCGCGCUUUACUGCAACGUCUUCAAGAUCGAAACCUCACACUGAACAGCCAAAAAUGUUCAUUCGGACAAUCUAAAAUCAAGUUCUACGGUUACGUAUUUUCCGAAUCCGGAAUUUCACCCGAUCCUGACAAAGCAUCCACAUGCAAGACACGAAACAAAUACAGUAGCGAGCAGUAUAUCAGCUUUAUUACUGAUAACGCUUUGCCAGAUGCAUUGAAGCUGUCAGAUGUAGCAAAAGCUACCGAAACGGACUGUAUAUUAAGUUGUGUAAGAAAUGCGUUAGAACAAAAUGACUGGAAAACUCAAAAAAUUGCAAAAUUAGAUGAAAAUUUUCGGUUAUACGAGAAUUUGAAUAAAAAUCAAGAACUUGCAGUUGCAUAUACGGAAGAUGGAUUUGUGCUUUUACGGGGUACAAAACUUUGCUUACCAGAAAGUCUGCAAAAACAAACUGUUAUGCUUUCGCAGGAAGGUCACCAAGGCCAAUCAACAUGCAAAGGAUUAUUACGUGAAUACUGCUGGUUUCCACAUAUGGAUAGAAUGGUAGAAGAAAUUUGUAGAUUAUGCAUUGUAUGCCAAGCUGCAUCAACAAGAAUUACUCCAGACCCGAUUAAACCAACAUUACUACCACGAGAUGUGUUUUCUGAAGUCAGUUGUGACUUUUGUGGACCAUUUCCAGAAGGUUACAUGUUACUAGUUGUUAUAUGUGACUACAGUAGAUUUCCAGUAGUUGAAAGAAUCAAAUCGACAGCCGCAGAUACAGUCAUACCGCGAUUAGAGGCGAUAUUUUCGAUAUUCGGAUAUCCAGAGGUAGUGAAAACGGACAAUGGACCUCCGUUUCAAAGUCGCGCAUUCAGAGAAUUUGCUGAUAAUUCGGGAUUUAAACAUAAACGAAUUACUCCAUUGCACCCACAGGCAAAUGGAAUAGUUGAGAGAUUUAUGGCGCCACUGCAAAAAGCAAUUAAAACAGCGAUAGCGUCUAGACAAGAUUAUAAAAGAGCGUUAAGUAUAUAUCUUAUGAAUUUUCGGAACACACCACAAACAACUACACAGACAGCUCCUAGUGAAUUAAUGUUUAAUCGUAAAUUAAAGACAAAAUUACCAAAGAUGACAUUUGAUAACAAAGAUACAGAUAUUCGAGACAGGGACAGUCUAUCAAAAGCGAAAAACAAAAUAUACGCUGAUAAGAAACGUAGAGCUCAGCGAAAUAGUUUGAAAUUGGGAGAUCGUGUGCUAUUUAAACGAGAACAACGGAAUAAGUUUGAAACAGCGUUUGACCCUACCCCGGGAUAA